UUAAUAGUCAGCAGCGGUCUCUAUCAAUGUCUGCUCUUUUUGUCUGCACUUAAGCAAGUACGGUGACUUUUAAGGAUGGAGGAAGAGAUCAAUUAUUCUACAGUGGUUUUCAAAAAUGGUCAUCCACCUCCAAAAGAGAAAAAAGAGGAGCUGGUAAUUUAUUCUGAGGUAAAACCUAAAGUUCCUGCAACUUCUGCACCAAUACAAGCAGAUGGUGAAGCAGCUGCACACUCUCAGCACUUUUGUCUGUUGGCUGUGUGUUUGGGGAUACUUUGUGUCCUUCUUUUGGGUUUCAUCCGUGUCGUCAUCUACCUGAGCGGGGUAAUGAACGAACAGAAAGCAAACCUCAGCAACCUCUCAGCAGAAAAUCAGCAGCUGAUCAUGCAGAGAAGCAUCUUAGAGAACAAGACGGAGGAAAUGAGAAGAGACAGAGACAACCUCAACAUGACAUUGGGAGUCAUCCGGAAAUUUAAAACCUUUCCACUAGAGGAAUACUGCCCUGAAAAAAAGUGUCAACCAUGUAAAACAGGCUGGAUUCUGUUCCAGAAGAAGUGCUACCUGUUCUACAAUGAACCUGAUCCUUGGAAGACACGGAGAGCCAGCCAAACGUACUGCAAAAACAACGAUUCAGAUCUGGUUGUUAUUGAUAGUCUACAAGAACAGGAAUUCAUCAGUAAACACAUCAAGUGCUACUACGACAAAGAGCACGGAUACUGGAUCGGGUUACGUGAAAAUGAUGACAACUGGCUCUGGGUUGACGGACGUAGUGACACUCUAAAGUACUGGAUGAAGGAGAACCUUGGUGAUCAUGGUCAAUGUGCACUGAUGAUACCUGAGAGGAAUGUUACAGCCAACUGGGACCCAGCAAACUGUCUAAUGGAGAACAAAUUCAUCUGUGAAAUGGACAUGCUGAUAUGGUCUAAUCAGUCAUAACUGUCUUUGUUUUCUGAACAUAUUCUUCUUCUAUGCUUUUGUCGAUUGCAAAACAAAACGAUUGACCCAUAAAAAUAUAAAACAAUAGUAUAUUAAUAAUAUUCCUGAAAUGGCCUCAGGAUGAUUAAGUGUUUCACUAUUUUAGUUGUUGUGUAUUUUGUCACCUACAGUGUCAGGUGUCUUUCUGGAUAUUUAGCUAACUUGACUGAAGGUAUGAAAUAUAUAAUCUCAAGAAAUGAUGACAAAACUGAGAACCAACCGUCUGCAUGUUGUGUACACAAGGGCGGAAACUUCUGUUUUUGCGCAGCUGGUGUUACAUAAUGACAGAGUGUGCCAAGAGUUGUUCUGCAAAAAAAGUCCCUGGUCCACUUUUUAAGCUCAUUGACAUUUUUAUUUCACUUUUUAUGCUCCAUAAUACCUUCUUCUCUCGCAUGCACAGUGUCUCUGAGCGACCACUCUUUUAUAUUAGGCUGGAAGUUAAACCAGUCUGUGUUGCCAUUCAGCUGAACGGUAAUUUUACAUCCAGUAACAUUUAGUUUAAGUCAAGUCUGUCGUAAGCUGUUGAGUCAAACUGUUGACCUUCUGUUCUUCCUCCCCAACAUCAUGAUUUCUCCAUUUAGUUAUCUUACAAAGACGCUUAGAGGAAGCUGAUUUUCAAGUAUAGGAAAGUUAUUAUUUGUGAAAAAGAGAGACAGAGGGAUCAGAGGUAAUCAUCUAUAUUUAAAAUGUGGAGCUAUAGCACAGAAAAGUAUUUGGCAUUUAAUGGGUAUAAGAGUAAUCUGAACUAAUGAAACUGCCAAAGGGCAGAGCUAUAAGCAGCAGCUUCACAUCUGACAUGUUCACAUUGUUGUAUUAAGAAUAUUUUUAGUAGCACUUUGAGUAGUGAUGUUCAUCCUCAACUAGCUAAAACAGCUGUAGAUGUUUAAAUAAUGUCACUUCUUCUUUAAACCAUUCUUUGUUCAGGGAAGUUUCACUUGCCCACUUCACUACUCACUAAAUCUUCUCAUGCAGAAAAUUAAAAAAGCACUUAAGUUUAAGAACUUUUAAAUAAUCACAUAAUAUCGAUAUUAUCUUUAUCUUAUCUGAAAUCUGUUUUUACCCCUGCAUUGGCCUUUCUGCUGGCAUAGAAAUGGGAUUCAGUUUGCUGAGGAUCUUUAUAUACAGAUGGAGUUUUUGCAUUCUUUGCACAACAAGCAAUAUAAUAUAAUCUACCCCACAGUCACGUUGUCCAAUAUUUACAGCUGAGAAAAAUGAAAAAGUGUACUUUCAUACAAACGAAUAACUUUCCACCUAUCUAUAAAAGCCCCCAAAUACUCCUACUGACAUUUUAUCAUUUAAUACAGAAACUAUAGGUAUGAUCCCUGUACUUAAAACACAGAGGGAACAAGAGGUGGGGCCUCGAACUUUGAAUGAAAUCCUUGAACAAGUAUGUAUCUCCUCUCUCUGUAGCAGACACACGCUCAUCCAAAGACACUGCAUUAAGUUAAUGAAACCAAAUUAUAAAAAAUGUAUCAUAUGACAGAUGCAAAACUUGCCCAGCUACUUUAAUUUAGCUGUGCCCUGGUCUGCAUAACUUCUGGUGUUUGGUCUUAAUAUCCCUGAGAAAUACUUACAACAUACUAACCAAAUCCUUUUAACAGGUAUUUUCAAUGAAAAAGUCAGAGAAUACUGCCCAGUCUACAUAUAUUUACAAUGAUGUUGAUUUUAUUAAUGUGUUAGGUCGUCAUAUAGUUUAAUUAACUGGAAAAAUCCAAAAUCCAAUUGUAAUGGUGGUCAGGUGGUUUAAAAAUAUCAUGUUUCAAUUCAAACUUGAGUGAAUCUGUAAUUUUUUAGAACCAGAAAACUGAGGAUGUAUGGACACUUUCUAUGCUUUAUACAUAUUAUUGGGUCACUGGAGGAGCAAUGUGAAGAGAUUUAUUGUUCCCCUGACGUGCAGGAAUUUUAGAUCAUGUGAAUGAGCUGUAUUAUUUCUGUGUAUGGCUGAUUAGUUUCCUUUUAGGAGAAAGGGAAGGAUGGGUUUGGUGAGCAGAAAUAUUAUAUGUACUAAACUUCUUAAGUUCUUUUUCCUGUAUGCUGGA